AUGAAGUUGUUCGCCUCCUACGUUGCUUUUUCUCUUGCCGCUGGUCAUGCUCUUGCUGCUACGUACAGUAACACCGACACUUUCGAAGGCAACAGCUUCUUCACUGGCUUUUCGUUCCAAGCCAUCGCAGACCCCACCAACGGGCGGGUAAACUAUGUUUCCGAGUCGACAGCUCAGAGUUUGGGACUGGCCACGGUCAGCGGAAGCAACUUCAUUCUGCGAGCAGACGACACCACCACCCUGAGUGCAAGUGGGCCUGGCCGAAACUCUUUCCGCAUACAGUCCAACAACGCCUACGGUACACAUGUUACGGUGUUCAACGUGGCUCACAUGCCGCAAGGUUGCGGUACAUGGCCUGCGUUGUGGGAAGUUGGUCCGAAUUGGCCGAACGGAGGCGAGGUCGAUAUCGUCGAGGGUGUAAACGACCAGGUACCUAACCAAAGCACACUCCAUACCAGCUCCGGUUGUACGAUGCCAUCAUCUCGCUCCGAGACUGGCAACAUCGUGGGAACGGACUGUGUCGCAGCAGAUGCAGGAAAUGCGGGGUGUGGUGUACAGAUGGCCGAUGCAAACUCAUAUGGCCCUCCGUUUAACUCUAACGGUGGAGGAUUUUAUGCCAUGGAGCGGACUUCUUCCUUCAUCAAAGUCUGGUUUUGGGCAAGAGAUGACGGAAGCGUUCCGAGUGACGUGUCGAGUGGCGCAAGUAGUGUGGACACGGACAAUUGGGGAACUCCUGACGCCUACUUCCCAAACACGGAUUGUGAUAUCGCCUCGCACUUUGCGGACUCCAAUAUAAUCAUCAAUCUCACGUUCUGUGGGGAUUGGGCUGGAGCCGUCUACGCGAACUCUGGAUGUCCGAGCACCUGUGAUGAUUAUGUCGACAACAACCCGAGCGCGUUUAACAAUGCGUACUUCGAGUUCCCGUGGGUCAAGGUCUACGAGUAGAUCUGAGUAUAAUCUUUUCGAAUUCAAUUCACGUCUUUAUAUGGUCUUCUGCUUCAUUCCUGCUGUUUAUCCUUU